GUCCACAUAUCUGGAUAAGCUAGUACUUCACAGCAAGCGCACAAAAGGGCAGCGAACAACGAGUAUGGUGGUAUUUAUCAUUUCUGACUCUAUUUUGUUUUCAAAAAGGGAUGUAUAUAUACAAAAGCGGGGUGAAGACAAACAGGGCGGUGGCGGCUCUGAGCAUACGACCCACACACCCUAUGCCUUCUAUAAUCAAAAACUUUGGUUGGGAGGAGAGCCCAAGCCCCCCCGCAAACACUAACGGAACGGCACGACCGUUGCAGAGAAGGGUAUGCAAUGUAAGGAUAUACAAUGUUGACUAUUCUUUGCGUGUGUGUUUGGGUAUCGUGGGGGAGAAGAAGGCCGACGCGUCGAGUUGUAACUCGCAACUUCACAGCUCCCACCAUUCGGCAGCGCCUGUAUCUUGUGGCGACGGGCUCCUGUUCACGAACCCCCGGUUCUUCAGAGGAAGGAUGCCGUUGACGUUGGCCGCCGGGAGGUUGCUGUGGGGAUACCUCGUUGUGCGCGUCGAAGGCUCCGGCCAUUGCGGUGACACGGACCUUGUCGUUGAGCCACCGGCAAUGGAAGACUUCCUUGACGCGACGUAUCCGACUGCGAGCUCCCGCGGCGGGCGCUGCUGUGUUGAUAUGAGCUUCGGAACGCGGAAGAUGGGAGAGGUGCCAUUGGCGGAGAAGCGGAGAAUGACGACGACUCGUGUAUGGAAUGUACCUGCGGCGACUUGGGCGCUUGUGGAUAUGCCAGGUGCGAUUGCGACGAGUGGUGGUGUUGGGAGUGCGUGUUGCGGGUUUGAGGGUGUGGAAUGCUGCUGGCUGGAGUUGUGGAAGUGGUGGUCGUGGGCAGCAGACUGUUGCUCCCAAGCGUCAGCCGCCGCUGCUGAACUCCUUGCUGCUGCUGCAUCGCUUGCAAGGCAGGCCGGCGAGGCACCAAUCGAGGUCGAGGCCGAAGUCCAUCGUUUCGUUGAGCGUUUUGAGACUGGUAUGGAGAGUAGUGCGAUGCUGCUGAGAUGGAGCUAUCGAAUGUGGAUUGAUGUAGAAGUUUUGCAGAAGAGAAGCGAGGCUGUGAAGGCAGGUAGUCCGGUUUUAUCGGAGGCGAUGGUCGGAAGGGUAUUGCCCGUUGCCAAGUUUGAAGAUGCAAUAUGGUAUGGAUACGAGGAGGGGCAGGACGGAGCGGGCGGGGUUGGGUUUUUCUUUUGUGCAGAUCCACUUGGAGGGCGAGGAGGAAUGGGGGGAAGGAAACGUGAUGGGGUUGACGUGUUCGGAGGACUGGCUGCGGCGGGCGGCGGGGGGGACAAGCGUAAACCGGAAGAACAAGGAAGGCGAACAAAGGCGAAAGCGGAUGACUCUGGCUAG